AUUUGCCCGUGACGUCACGCGGCUAGUGUAUACGCGAGCGCUGAGGCUAUGUGGAGAGUAGUGAUGUCGGAGGAGGUUGGGAAGAAAGUGCAGGCGGUGGUGGACCGGGUGAAUCAAGCGGUUUCCCGGCGCCCGAAGACGUUACCAUGUAUAGCCCCUCGUCUGGUUGCGGUUAGUAAGACUAAACCGCCGGAGAUGGUGGUGGAGGCUUACAAACACGGACAACGGAACUUUGGAGAGAAUUAUGUAAAUGAACUUGUUGAGAAAGCUUCUCAUCCCUUGGUUGUCUCGUCAUGUCCUGAAAUAAAGUGGCAUUUCAUUGGUCAUCUGCAAAAGAAUAAUGUCAACAAACUCCUCAGUGUCCCAAACUUGUAUAUGGUAGAGACGAUCGAUUCUAUAAAACUGGCUGAAAAAGUCAACAGCUCAUGGCAAAAAAUGAGAGCUGCCAACACACAGCACUUAAAGAUUAUGGUUCAGAUCAACACCAGCGGAGAGCACAGUAAACAUGGCCUGCCUCCUGAUGAGACUGUAAACAUGGUAAAACACAUCGUGUCUCAGUGCCCUGCUCUUGACUUUGCGGGGCUCAUGACGAUCGGCCGUUACGGUUACGACCUCAGUGAAGGCCCUAACCCCGAUUUCCAGAUGCUGUUGAAACGUCGCGAGGAAGUCUGUGAAAGCCUGAAGAUCCCAGUAGAGCAGGUUGAGCUCAGUAUGGGCAUGUCUACCGACUUUGAACAUGCGAUCGAGGUUGGCUCUACAAACGUACGCGUCGGCAGCACUAUUUUCGGCACCCGAGAAUACCCCAACACCCCAAGCCCCAGUCCGGAGAGAAAGCCAAAGGUCGUCUGUGAGGAAGCAGCCAGGAAAAUGGACCGGCUCACGGUCACCGAGCAAUGAAUCAUGGGGGAAAAAAAGGUUACCGAACUAAUUGUGGGACCUCUUGGGCUUCUUCCCAAUGACUGGGCUCACCAUUCACCAGUCAAGGGCCUUUAAUAUGUCUUAACUAAUGCUGCUGUCCUGCUCUUCUGUGGCGAAAGAACUAGCAAGAAGCGUGAUAUAGUAACUGGAAUACUAAACUUACUUCCUGAAGCUGUUUUUAUUGUCGAAAGCUCUCCAGAAGUGUCCUCCAGCCCUCUUGUAAAUUCCUUAAGCUUGGUUUUCCGACUAUUUUUAUCAGACACAGGGUCAGCACAUGCUCGGUUUCGUUGUGCCAAUCGUAGAUGUAAGGUAUAAUUUGUCUUUUUUGUUCAGUUAGAUGUUAGUGACCCAUUUUAACAUCUAAUUAAAACAAUAGGAUGUAUCAUUUUGGUUUAUAGAAGUGUGUAGGUAUAUUUUAUAGCGUGUCCUUGUAUUGUUUUGUUCAAAACCAUAAAUGUAAAUGAUAUAAAUAGCACAUUUAUAUAGUCUUGCUUCAGUA